GAUAAGGAUGACGUUUAUCAGAUGUACAGUGAAUCAUUUCCAAUAUUGAAUUCUCAAGUGAAAAAUUAUGGGAAACAUUUCCCAAGGGUUCCAAAGUUUCUUGUGAGUUCUAGUGAGUUCCAUUGUUUUGAAAUAGUGCUGUUGGUACUGACAGUUGGCAGAAUUUGUGAAGAAAUCUUUCAGAAUAAGUCCAGAGGAUUUCAUGAAUCAAGGGGGAAAAAUAAUUCAAAAGAUAACGAAAUCACCGCUAAUUUGAAUGAGGUGACGUUUGGUCUUAGUUUAUCUGCAAUUUCCGCCAAGAUGAAUACUACAUUUUCGAACCAUUCCAAAAAAGAGAGAGGAAGAACGAGCAUCGAAGACAUGAUCCGAAGUGAAUACUUUUGGUAUUUAAUAUUAUUUGUUGUAUUACCAAUUAUGAUACUAGCAUUGCGAAAAGUUAUUCAGGAUUGCUGCAGAAGAAGAGAACCAAAUAAUGACAUGAAUGGAGCCAUCAAAAAAUUUUUGCGGAGACCAAAAGUGAACGGUAUCAAGUCAAAUUUAAAAAAAUUGUCUUCACGAACAUGUACAAGAUCUAGUGAGAGCGUUGAUAGAGAAAACACAGCUGACAUUACUCUUAUGGUUGACGUUAAUCGUCCAGGAAGAAGAGAAAACUGUACAACAGUUGGCAAAUAUUCUACAGAUUGUAUGGAGGAACUAUCAUCGCAACCAAUAAGGAGAAUUCGCAAAUGGAUUGAAAAAAAAAUUUCUAACGAAUAUUUCAUACCCAUGGAGACGAUAAAAUCAAGGAUUGAAGAAGUCUAGUACUGACUGUUUUCAAAAUCACUUCGGUUGUAUGUCCUUAAUUACGAAAGCGUUGAAAUACCACAGAACUUUUUUUCAUAACUGACAUUUCAAACUAACGAUUAUCUAUCUUACUGUUUAACUUCCCGAUAAUAAUUUAUAAUUUAGGCUGUUGAAAAUGGACCUUCCAGUUUGAUGUAAAAUAAUCUCAAUCAACCGUUCAAACUAGUAUUCAUUCAUUGUCAUUGUUCGGUUGAAGUUCAAAAUACUUUAUUCGUUAAUGAAGACGCUCAACGACUGGGACGUUUGGACAAAUUUCAUACAUUACAUAUUAAUCAAAAGGAACAAAAUAGUACCGGAGUAUACUUCCCUUCGCCAUAAAAUAUCAAUUACUCCAUUCAAUAGCUGAAUGCAAAAAAAGCUCAUCUUCUAACGAAAUUCCAAUAGAAUUUUUACUUCAUUUCAAUUUCGAAGUUUUGCAUAAAUCUCUCAUUCAAGUCGCAUCAUUUACCUCACAACUGUCUUCACUGUUCACUUUUCAAAAUAGGCAAACGUGAGGAAAAAAUCUGCGCCUCUACCAAAGUAAUUAUAAAAUGUUUCCAUUCGUUUUCGACAAAAUCGUCUCUGUCGGUGGUGUAAAAUAAUAAAUAUUUUUUAUCACGA